AGCACUUUAUACAGGCAGUUACCGUAUAUGAGGUUUCCUGCCACAUGAUGUCACAGAGAUUUCCACAAUAGUUUGACAAUUUUCAAGCAUAAAAAGACAAUGGGAAAUACCACCAGCAUUACACAAUGAUUGCCUUCGUUAUCACACUGAUCGUGGGCCUCCCACUGGGGCAUGGUGAGUAGUGUGCAAUAUAGCUAUCUAUGGUAUUUUUUAGAAAUAUUUUGAAGUUUAAUAAUGUGACUUUAUCUGUCCCUCCAGCUUUCAGUGUGUCUCAGCCAUACUAUGCAGUGGGAAGACAGGGGCAAGUGUCUUUGCAUUGCACAAUUAACACAAGGGUACAGCCAGAAGAAAUGCAAGUGUCUGUAUAUAAGGGAAUGCAUGGAGAAGAAAAGAUCUGCAGUGCUCAUGUCAACACCUCAAACUCUCACAUAGAGACAAAUGGCAGCAUCUACUGCAGGGGUAAUGUAAGCACAGACAAAGUGGACCUGACCAUCUUUGGCUUGACGGGAGAGGACACUGACCUCUAUCGCUGUGAAGUAGAGAUCAUUUUCCCACCACCAUACAUCAAAAAAUUUGGAAAUGGCACACUGGUGUAUAUACCAGACAGCCCAGACUGCCCCCCUGAACACACGCAGGCUAGGAUUCAGGAAAUCCCCAAGAUCACAUACGACCAAACCCUUUCAUUUACCAACAUUCUGCUCUUUGCUAUUCUCAUAACCACCACCAUCACCCUCAUUCUACAGGUGAUGAAAAUGAUCCUGUUGCAACGGAAAUCCAAUCACCUGACACAAACAUUUUCACAGAAAGGCGAUUACAAGAACUUUUGGUGAUAUGUACAAUAUUUAUCACUGAUAAUCAUCGGAAUCUGCAUUACCAAAGAAUUAUACUUUUGUACUAUAAUAGUAAUAAAUUACUACUGUUUUAUCUGAAGGUAGAUAAAUAACUCAGCUUGUUGCAAAGCUUCCUGUGCAAUGUCUUUGUAAUUUUCAGUGGAAAAGAAACAUUACAUGUUUCCUAUGGAAGUGUACCCAGUGUUGAAGAACUGCCUUUCAGUCAAUUAAACUCUGUUAAAAAUAAAAAAUAAAAAAGUCUCUGUUUCCUGUAAGAAUUAA